AUGCCCUCGACCUGGGUUCUGCGCGAUGUCCUGAACGUGCGACACCGAUCUCCGGAGGACCUCGACAGCGACAGCGGUGCCUUAGACUGGAUCCACGCGUACACUUUCCAUGAAGGCAUGCGAGACAGCAUUCUGGCUGAAUGCCUCUCGGACAUCCCGAGCGAUAAACGGGCGCGAGUGGUGGUGAAACUGGUCGCAACAGCUUCCGGAUACCGGUUUGACGAGCUCCUCCGUCACAUACGACUAACUGGGUCCGCGCCUCAGCUGUCCGAGUUGAAGGCUCGAAUUCACAUGGAACUCUUGCUGGCAGCCUAUACUGACAGCUGCCCGUGCGUAGAUCCGAAGUGCGGGAAGAUGCGGCACUGGAAGAAUCACUACCCAUCCCCAGAGAAGGUCGGUUUCAUAUAUGCAAUUGAGACGAAGGCCUUUGAUACAGCCAUAUCAGCCACGUUUCGGCUCUUGGAGACUAUCAACCCAGACGAUAAUUCACAUCUGACCAAGGAGAAUCCGGACCUGCAGACUCAUUUCUUCAAUAACGUCAAUGUAUAUGUUCUUGACCGACUGGAAAGGUGUAUCUCUGGUCACGACGCCUGGCGAUGCCCCGCUCAAUGGAUUGUAUUCGCGCUCUCUGUGCCAUCCGUGCCGCAUUACUUCGCGCUAACGUUCAGGAGCGUGGUACUGAUGCAGAUAUAUGAUCCAUCGGAGGACGUCAGGAUGAAACUUGCUAUCGAGAAGGCGUCUGUCCCGUUGUAUCUGUGGGAUCAGGAGUUCCACGAGCUCUCCGCGCGCGCGUUGACGGUACUUGCGCUGACGGUACUGACGCUUCACAACGUAUUGAAGGCAAUGAGCCCUCGAUCUCGGUACCAGUCCACGCCACCCGACCCUGAUUUAAUCGAGAAAGCGCCAGAUAAUGCGUCAGAGCAGCGCCCGAUGUUUGAGGAAGGGUGGCUAGCAGGAUCUCCGUCCACAAAUGCAAUAUAUUCGACCAUCGCUAAUGCUUACGCAGCCCUCAAACAUAUUGUCACGAUACCCGUGCCUGGAGUCGAUGUCGUGGAUGACGGAGUUACCUCGUCCAUCGAAUUCGAGCGACACAUAACAGAUGGCAUGCACUACAUGCUCGAACUGCGGGCGGAAGACUUGCUGCUCUGGAUAGAGGAUGCCCCCUCCCUUUUGAACGAAUUCUUUGCUCGUAUCGAUCGCUACCUUAAAUACCGUCUACGGGAACAUGCCUUGGACCCGGAUUCUUCGACUUGGCGCCUUCCAGCAGCGUGGAUGCGAUUCGUGAUUGGUAUGCGGUUCGUGCCAAUGGACUUUUCAUUCACCACAUCGGUGAUAAUACAUCAACGGAUGUUCGAGCAGUUCGAGAGUAUGGACUCAGAGGCGGAUACCGGCACCAUUUUUGGUCCACCUGUCCCGCUCUAUAUGUGGGACGUGGAUCAUGAAAUGUUUGAACAAAUAUUUCCUGAAGAAGAUCACAAAGAUGGUGACUUGUGCUCUACCCAAGUUACUCAGGAAUAUGUCUAA